UGGAGAAGGAGCAAUCCCUUCUCCCUCCUCCUCCUCCCCCCGCUACUAUCCGCGGCCCGGAGAACUGCCGCUUGCCGCCAUUGACACGCACAGAUAGAACCCAAAGAAAGGCAAAGAGUCCUGCCCCGCACCGGCGCCGCGCGGGCCGAACCUGCGCCCCGGGAGAGGCGCGCCGAGGGCACCGGGCGCCCCGAGCAGGCGGCGCAGCACCAGCAUUGUGUUGGUGUCUGGAGACCACUGAAUCAGCAAGCUGAGAGGAAAACUGCAGCAAGAUGUCGGGCCGAAGCGGGAAGAAGAAAAUGUCCAAGCUGUCCAGGUCAGCCAGGGCCGGCGUCAUCUUCCCGGUGGGGCGACUGAUGCGCUACCUGAAGAAAGGGACGUUCAAGUACCGGAUCAGCGUGGGUGCUCCGGUCUACAUGGCAGCCGUCAUCGAGUACCUGGCAGCGGAAAUUCUAGAAUUGGCUGGCAAUGCUGCGAGGGACAACAAGAAGGCCCGGAUAGCGCCCAGACACAUCCUGCUGGCAGUCGCCAAUGACGAGGAGCUCAAUCAGCUGCUAAAAGGAGUGACCAUUGCCAGUGGGGGCGUCCUGCCCAGGAUUCACCCUGAACUGCUGGCCAAAAAACGAGGGACCAAAGGCAAGUCAGAAACGAUCCUCUCCCCUCCCCCAGAGAAAAGAGGAAGAAAGGCCACUUCAGGCAAGAAGGGGGGCAAGAAAUCCAAGGCUGCCAAACCUCGGACGUCUAAAAAGUCCAAACCAAAGGACAGCGAUAAAGAAGGAACUUCAAAUUCCACCUCUGAAGAUGGGCCAGGGGAUGGAUUCACCAUCUUGUCUUCUAAGAGCCUUGUUCUAGGGCAGAAGCUGUCCCUGACCCAGAGUGACAUCAGCCAUAUUGGCUCCAUGAGAGUGGAGGGCAUUGUCCAUCCAACCACAGCCGAAAUUGACCUCAAGGAAGAUAUAGGUAAGGCUUUGGAAAAGGCUGGGGGGAAAGAGUUCUUGGAAACAGUGAAGGAGCUGCGCAAAUCCCAGGGUCCUUUGGAGGUUGCUGAAGCUGCCGUCAGUCAAUCCAGCGGACUCGCAGCCAAAUUUGUCAUCCACUGCCACAUCCCUCAGUGGGGCUCCGACAAAUGUGAAGAGCAGCUUGAAGAGACCAUCAAAAAUUGCCUGUCAGCGGCAGAGGACAAGAAGCUAAAGUCUGUGGCGUUCCCACCCUUCCCCAGCGGCAGAAAUUGCUUCCCCAAACAGACCGCAGCCCAGGUGACCCUCAAAGCCAUCUCGGCCCACUUUGAUGACUCAAGCGCAUCCUCGCUGAAGAAUGUCUACUUCCUACUCUUCGACAGCGAAAGCAUCGGCAUCUACGUGCAGGAGAUGGCCAAGCUGGACGCCAAGUAGCCGCCCCCGGCCAGCACUGCUCGCCAAGGGAAUCCAAGGAGGAGCAAAGUGACAGCAGCAGUGGGGGGUUAUUUUUUAAAAGAAGGGAGAAGGGUUGACAGCAGGGGAGCAGAGGGUGGCUGAAAAGGAAGCAGGUAGCAGAGGCUGCAAAGCAGUUCCUGCCCCCUUGACCCCCCAGGAGCCCUCUGCCUUUUUAUAUUCUGGUUAAAAAGAGCCUCAGUCCGUAAUUAACCAGGUGUCCACCAGGGGUUUCUUUCCAUGUGUUUUCUUCCUGUUGUUUUAAAACUUUUUUAAAAAAAAACAGACUUCGUUUUAGAUUUAUAGCAUUGACUUUUACACACACACACGCACACACACACACACAAAUCCUUUCAAAAUUCUUUAACUCUUCUGUUUCUCCUUUUUUGCAAGGGAACAGGGCAUACAAAUGACUGGGCUUUGUUGGCUGGCUGUAUUUGGAAAUGGAGAAGAAAAUCAGAAAGGCAUCAACUGGGUGCUUUGCUUUUCUGUUUUAGUGCCCCCACCCCUACCCCUAUAUCUGUAACUACUCCUAAAAAAGGUUUUGCUUCAGGCUUUUUUUGGUUUGGUUUUGUUUUUUAAAGAAAAAGAAAACAAAAGAAAAAAUAAAAGAUCCAGUGUCUUUC